AUGGCCCAGCUACUGCAGGUGUUGGCUGGGAAACAAAAAUGCUGCUUGCUUCCUGUGACCUUGUCUCUCCUCAUGGCUCUCAUCUUGGCCUUCCUUGGCUACAGUUAUCUGAACCCACAGAGCCAGGAGCUGAAGAGCAUGCUAGACGGGGGAAGCAUAGCUGUUAGAGAACUCCACGGCCAGCAACGCGUAAAAUCAUCAAGGAUGGUGUAUCCCCAGCCAGAUGUACUAACACCCUCCAGACGAGAUGUCCUUGUUGUGACCCCUUGGCUGGCCCCCAUUGUGUGGGAGGGGACCUUCAACACUGACAUACUGAAUGAGCAGUUCUGGCUCCAGAAUGCCACCAUCGGAUUAACCGUGUUUGCCAUGAAAAAAUACAUGGUUUUCUUGAAGCAGUUCCUGGAGUCCGCAGAGAGGUACUUCAUGGUGGGGCACAGGGUGAACUACUACAUCUUCACCGACCAACCUGACCACGUUCCCCGCAUCCAGCUCCACAGAGGGAGGCGGAUGGUCAUCCUCAAGGCCCAGAGCUAUGCCCGCUGGCAGGACAUCUCCAUGCGCCGCAUGCAGGUGAUCAGCAACUUUUCCCAGGAGCGCUUCCUCGGGGAGGUGGAUUACCUCGUGUGCACGGACGUGGACAUGAAGUUCAGUGACCACGUGGGUGUGGAAAUCCUCUCCUCCUUGUUCGGCACCCUCCAUCCUGGCUACUACGGGACUGGAAGGAACAACUUUGCCUAUGAACGCCGGCCUGAGUCCCAAGCCUACAUUCCUGGGGAUGAGGGGGACUUUUAUUACAUAGGGGCCUUAUUUGGGGGGUCAGUGCCAGAGGUUCACAGGCUCACCAAGGCCUGUCACCAGGCAAUGAUGAUUGACCGAGCCAAUGACAUUGAGGCCAUAUGGCAUGAGGAGAGCCACUUGAACAAGUACCUGCUGCACCACAAACCCACCAAGGUCCUGUCCCCUGAGUACAUGUGUGAUAACGAGCUGCUGAAGUAUAUGUCCUAUCGGCAGCUGAUGGGCUUGCCCACCAACAUAAAGCGGAGUAGAAUUGUGGUCUUGGUAAAGAACCCCCAGGAAAUCCGGGCGACCACAAAAAAGCUACACCUGGGUUCAGGAAUUAAAGAGGAGCUAGAGAAGUCCCUGGAGGAAGUGGUGUUCCAAGCCUUGACCUACCAGGCAUGGAGGAGACCUCUCUUCAAGUCGCUUCCGCCAGUACCCUGUGUUCACAAGCCGACCCAUCGCUGCUUCUGCGACCACUUCCGCCACCCCACUCAGCCUGUCUGCAGCGUGGACUGCCCAGGCCACUUUGGACUUUGUUAUAACCAGUGCGGACGCCACUCUGCGUUCCAGGCUUUCAUCUUCAGGUCUCCACCAGGAUCCAGUGUGAGCUUCCGCCCAUUUAACCAGGCCCAUCCUAGUGUGGAGCAGAUACCCCCUGCAAAGGCUAUUGUCUCCACCAGCCCACCUGCUUUUAUGCGAGCCACUGUCCACAGUGCCCCAUCUCUUCUGGCCCACCUAGCACUGAUUCUGCAGUUGCCUCCACCCCACCAUGGAACCCUAUGGCAACACAACUCAGUCAGCUUUUGGGAAUUUGACACCCCUAUGUACUCCUUUGACAUCCCUGUCAACAUCCAACCAGCCUAUGGUGGUACCUUGGUUGUUUUCCCCAUUGGUUCUGAGCAAUCUCCACUGAUGGCAGCCCGGUGGGUGCCAAAUGCCUGCAGCCAAGUGGGCGAAGGACCGCAGCUCGACAGUCCGGCUGGGGGUCCUCACCCACACCAGGCCGAACAGGGUGAGCUUCGCCCGGAGGAGCCAGCAGCCGGGACUCCUCUCUGCGCUCCCCAGUCCCCUCCGAGGAUCCGGCAGCGCACAGACAGACAGCUCUUCCCAGGCGACUUCCUCCGCAAGCUCCGUAGCCCCCCUUGCCCCAGGUUGGUCUGGAUCACGUCGCUGUCGCCGCACCUCUCCUCGCCCUUUACAGUUCCGCGCCCUUCUCCCGCGUUUUGA